AUGACUGAGCCUACAAGUACUCCCAAGCCUGGCAAUGUCUCGAAAGACAGCAAAGAUGCACAAGUCUCCAUACAAGACGAGAAGAAUCCCAAGCGAUGGUUCAUCGGUUCAAUCGAUCAAGGAACAACGAGCACGCGCUUCCUCAUCUUUGACAGCACGGGAAGUCCAAUAGCUUCUCAUCAAAUGGAGUUCAAACAGAUGUACCCACACUCAGGAUGGAUCGAGCAUGAUCCUGUCGAGAUCGUCGAGUCCGUCAACACUUGCAUCGAAGAAGCUACGAAAGACUUCACGGCAAAGGGCCACUCGAUCUCGGACAUCAAAGCUAUCGGCCUCUCCACCCAACGAGAAACGACAGUGCUUUGGGACAAGGAGACAGGAGAUACAGUUUAUAACGCUAUCGCAUGGCCAGACACAAGAACCCAAGCUAUCGUUCGGGAACUCAAGCAACGUCACGGCGCUGAUAAGCUUCAAGACAUUUGUGGACUACCUCUCUCAACCUAUCCAUCAUCACUCAAGUUCACGUGGAUGUUCCGCAAUGUGGAAACAGUACGCAAGGUAUAUCAAGCAGGCCGACUGGUGUUUGGCACCAUCGAUUCAUGGUUGCUGUACAACUUAAAUGGGAAGGAGAAGAAUGUCCAUGUCACUGAUGUGACCAAUGCGUCAAGAACGAUGUUUGUAAAUCUACACACUUUGGAAUACGACCAGACUGUGUUGGACUUCUUUGAUAUUAAUCCCAAGAAAAUGAAGCUACCGAAGAUAGUACCGUCGUCCGACGCCAAUGCUUUUGGCUCCAUAGCCUCCGGAUCACUGAAAGGAAUUAAGAUCACUGGCUGUCUUGGCGAUCAGUCUGCCGCUCUUGUCGGCCAGCUUGGAUUUUCUCCUGGCAAGGCAAAGAACACGUACGGCACCGGCUGUUUUCUGCUUUACAAUGUCGGUGAGAAGCCGGUUAUGUCUACUCAUGGUUUGCUGGCAACCGUGGCCUACCAUUUUGGUAGGGAAAGGAAACCAGUGUAUGCUCUGGAGGGCAGCAUUGCCGUCGCUGGAAGCGCAGUCCAAUUCCUCCGCAACAAUUUUAAUUUUAUCGAAGCGUCCCAUCACAUUAAUGAUCUAGCGGCAACCGUCAAGGAUAAUGGAGGCUGUGUGUUCGUCACUGCUUUCAGUGGGCUCUUUGCACCAUAUUGGAUUGAUGAUGCCAAGGGGACCAUAUUCGGCAUCACCCAGCAUACCGAGAAAGGCCACAUUGCCCGGGCGACGAUGGAAGCUACCUGCUUCCAGACCAAGGCCAUCCUUGAUGCAAUGGAAAAAGACAGCGGCCACAAAUUAAGCGAACUGAAAGUGGAUGGCGGUAUGAGCAAUUCCGAUCUUUGUAUGCAGACACAGGCAGAUCUCAUAGGUAUACCCGUUGACCGGCCCGCUAUGCGCGAGACGACAUCACUCGGUGCUGCCAUUGCAGCUGGCUUCGCUGUAGACGUCUGGAAGGAAUUCGAAGAGCUGAAAGAGAUCAACAGUGAGGACCACACGAUAUUCAAGCCGCAGAUGUCCAAAGAGGCAAGUAAAAAGAUGUUUGAGAGGUGGGAACGAGCCGUCGAGAUGUCCAGAGGAUGGCUCGAGUCCGAACAUAGCACUCGAAGCAAUUGA